AGUUGAGUUGGCCAAAUUGAGAUUCGGCUAUUUUCAGUUUCAUCUCCUGAUAGCUUUCUUCCAUUCACACUUGCCUUACAUCCUCGGUGCAUCAUCCGAUGGUCACAUUGGGUCUGGGAUGAGUCAAGCCAUCAGCCUCUCGCAUCCUACGAAAUUGGUGAGAGGUUUAAGGUAAAAGGCAUGGCUCCUUGCCAAAACUCCAAUCGUGUCAUUGCUUUCGAUUGUAAGGGGGAGUUCCUCGUACUGAAGAUAGUGACGAAGGGAAGAAACAAGGAAAGCGAAGAGGAGAUGCAGAAGGCAUCUGUCUCUGUGCAAAGGCCCCGGAAACACACGCCAAUUGCUGCUGUUGAUGAAUCAGCCGCGGUGGAGGAAAGUGAAGAGGAGGUGCAGACAGCAUCUGUGUCUGUGAAAAGGCCCCGGACACACACGGCUUUGGCUGUUGUUGAUGAAUCAGCCGCGGUGAUAUCAAAGACAAGGGUUAUGGAAGUUAUGGAGAAGGAAGCCAAAAAAGCCGACUAUGGCAAACCAGAGUGCGAGAAGAGAAUUGAGGAGGCGGUGGCCAAUUUGGAGCUGAAGUGGAGGAAAGCAGUGAAUGAAAUGAGAAAAGAGCAUGCAGCGAGCCUCCAAAAGCUGGAAAAGGAAUUGGAGCUGAAGCGCAUGAAAGCAGUGAAGGAACUGAGAGAAGAGCAUACACAGCGGGUCCAGACGCUGGAGGGUGAGGUCAGAAAUUUGAAGGCAGAGAUCGCAGCAAUGGCCGACCAAAGGAAUGGAGAGUCAAACCCCGAGAUUCAAAACCGUACAUGCAUGGGCGGUACUUGGCAAGAGCAAGAGCGGCGUGAG